AACGACGAAUAAGAAACUAACUUCAUCUUCAUCUUCAAUGCUUUCCGUCCGCUGCAGCACGCGGGUCAGUAAUGCAGCCUCGUGUUUUAUAAUGGCCUCUCCUUACUUCAUGCACCGCAGGGCUGCAGCCAUUCGGAGAGGUAACCAACCUGCCGGCUGCACACCUGCGGCCUCUCUCAGGUCCAAACUUACCAACAAACGGAGGGACGCGGCUCCAGUCGCCUAUGUGGCGGUGAAGGCGGAGGAGGAGGAGGCGAGGAUCUCUGAGCAAAGACCCUCCUCGGCCCCCUUAUCGACGGGUGGUUGCCAUGAACCCCUCCAACAUGCCGCCGUGCAGCCAAAAAUAGAAACCGACGCCGUCCCGCUGUCGUCACCCCGCCGCCGCAGGAGACAGCUAAAGGUGGAGUAUGACGAUGAUGAUGGCGUUUUACCGGUGAAGACAGAGCACUGGGAGCCUCCUGAGUGGAAGAAACAAUUAGGAUUUAUUCGUGAGAUGAGGAGCAGCCGUGACGCACCUGUAGAUCAGAUGGGAGCAGAGAAAUGCUACGACACAGAGGCUCCUGCACAUGUGAGACGUUUCCAGGUGUUGGUGUCACUCAUGCUGUCUAGUCAGACUAAGGACCAGGUGACAGGAGCCGCUAUGCAGAAGCUCCGAGCUCACGGCUGCACUGUGGAAAAUGUACUCGCUACUGAUGAUGACACAUUGGGGAAACUCAUCUACCCCGUCGGCUUCUGGAGGAAUAAGGUGAAGUAUCUGAAGCUGACGUCAGCCGUGCUGCAGAAGGAGUUUGGAGGGGACAUCCCGGACAGCGUGGAGGGGCUGGUCCGCCUGCCAGGAGUUGGACCCAAGAUGGCUCACCUGGCUAUGAACAUCGCCUGGGACCAGGUGUCCGGCAUAGGCGUGGACACACAUGUGCAUCGCAUCUCUAACAGGCUGGGCUGGCUCAGGAAGCCGACCAAGAACCCGGAGGAAACACGCAAGGCCCUGGAGGAGUGGUUACCCAGGGAGCUGUGGCGUGAGAUCAACUGGCUGCUGGUGGGGUUCGGACAGCAGGUUUGUCUACCCGUCAACCCUCUCUGCUCUGUGUGUCUGAACCAGCAUAGCUGCCCAUCUGCCCACAAGAACUCUCCAGCAAAGAGGCCUAAAGCUGGAUCCCAGCGCUCUCCAAGUCCAACCUCUUCCUUCAAAGCAAAAACUGAACCUGGGUCUGCUGUUAAAGAUGAGAGGAUAACAGAGGAGUCACUGACCAGACCUGUUUCCCCCACUAAACACAGAAGGAAGCUAAAAAGCAAGAUUAACCACUGAUUAAAGGUGCCCUGUGGAGUUUUCUUGUAAACAAAGUUAUGUUUACAUUCAGUGUUACUCACCAAAACGCACUGUGUGUAUCCUUGAGGUCCAACAAAUAUGUUGAAUGCAUGGUCAAAACCUCCACAGGGUACCUUUUAAGUUGUAACAUUACAUCUUUGAGCUGUAAACAGAUGUUGAACAAGAAGACAAACAUAUACGCACAAACUGAAAAUAUGCAUUUAAGCUAAACAUCGAUGUCAUUAUGGUUCAGGAUGUUUGUAGUCAUUCCUAUCACUUUGUUGUAUUUAACACUAUAGUGACACCUUUUUACACCUCGAGCGAGAUUAAAUAUUUUUGUACUGAUAGUU